AUGAUUACUAGAUCCUCUCAUAGAAGUACCGAGCUUUAUGAUUGUGCUGAAAGAAUUUUCCACUUGGAUGGGAGAAAGAAAUUGAAUCUUGAUAUGCAAGUUAGGUGGAAUUUUACUUAUCAUAUGCUUGGUACUACACUUUUUUUCAAGGAUGUCUUCAUUCAUUUAGGUUCAAAUUAUGCACCAUUCAAAACUUUUGUUCCUUUAGAAGAGGAGUUGGAUAAAGUGAGGGUAAUUCAUGACUUUUUAGAGUUUUAUCAAGUUACUUGCAUGUUUUCGGCUGUUAAACAUCCCAUUUCAAACUUGUAUUUUAAAGGUGCGUGGAUGGUGCAUCAUCACUUAGUUGAGGCGGCAAAUGGUCCUUAUGAAUUUCUAAAGGAAAUGAUCCAACCUAUACUUUCGAAAUUUGACAAAUAUUGGUCUCAAUACAACAUAUACUUGUCUUGUGCUGCAAUUCUUGACCCAAGGUAUAAGGUUAAGUUUGUGGAGUAUUGUUGUUGUAAGUUUUUCGGUAAUGAUGAGGGUUCAAGAAGAGUUAAUGACGUAUUGACUGCAUUGAUUGGAUUGUAUAAUGAUUACAAGUUGCAAUACGUUGGCGUCUCACCUGUUGUAGCAUUGCCUUCUCCCUCUUCAAGGUUAGGUACUAAAAAUUAUUUUGAUGACUAUGACCAAUUUGUUAGUAGUAGUAGGUAUCAAGUGGGAAAAUCACAACUCGACAUGUAUUUAGAUGAUGAUGUUCUUGAUCUCAAUUGUGAGUUAGACAUUUUAGAGUUUUGGCAUCAAAGUUCUGUGAGAUAUCCUGUUCUUUCAAAAAUGGCACGAGAUUUGUUGACUAUUCCCGUGAGUACUGUGGCUUCGGAAUCCGCCUUUAGUAUUGAAGGAAAGACUAUUUCGGCCUCUUGUAGCUCCUUGAAGUCGAAAACAGUUCAAGCUCUAGUAUGUAUGCAAGAUUGGCAUCGUGCAAAGACAACAUUGAAGAUACGGAGGAGGUUGAUUAUGGGUUAG